UUCACUAUAAAAGUACCCAUAAACCAAGGCCAAACAACACAUCUCUAACAAGUACCCACAAACUCUCACUUCUCUUGGGAAUAAACACAAACACCUCCCGUGCAAAACACCAAUGGAGGAAAUACUAGCAUUCUCCGACGCCAUGGACCUCGGAUGUGGCAUCGCGUUGCCGAUGAUGAUGAAGGCCAUGAUCGAGCUGGACGUGCUGGAGACCAUGGCAGCAGCUGGGUCCGGCGCUCUGCUCUCGCCGGAAGAGAUCGCGUCUAAGAUCCAAACCAGCAACCCUGACGCCAACGAGGUGCUCGACAGAAUGCUUCGGUUCUUGGCCGCGCAUAAAGUGAUGACGUGCGAGGUUGUGGUCGGAGAGGAGGAUGGGAAGAGCAAGAGGCGCUAUGGACUGGCCCCGGUUUGCAAGUUCUUCACUAAGGAUGAGGAUGGAGUCUCUCUGGCUCCAUUUAUGCUAGUGCAUCUCUCCAAGGCUUGGGCGGAUACAUGGUACUUCAUAAUUGGAGUGAUGCGGAUUGUAUGAAGGUAUUGAAAAACUGUUUGAAGGCAUUACCAGAUGAUGGAAAAUUAAUCGUUAUAGAGCAAGUUA